AUGGCGACCAACACCGAUGAGGAGCAAAGCCUGAAGGAAUGCGAAGCAUAUGUACAAAAACAUAACAUUCAGCAAUUAUUAAAAGAUUGCAUUGUGCAAUUAGUGGUCAACAAGCCGGACAACCCAUUGGCAUUCCUAAGAGAACAUUUCGACCGCAUCGAGAAGGUAGGCGCAUGA